AGCAAACAGACCCAGGCACGCCGCCGACGCCCCGAUCACGUCGGUGACACGGUCGGGCGAAACCCGUGCCGACGCCGGCAAGACUUUGAGUUGCGGUCGGUACGUCUAUGCCGAGAAACAGCGUCUGUCUGUGCGUUGACCCGGCCCGGUGCCCUCCCUGCCUGGUCAAACGCAUCGUGCCGUGGAUCCACGCCCUUCCGAUGGCGACGGCGCAUCACAGACAAGGCGUUGGUGGGGUCCCUCCCUGCUGGGUGCGCACUCGGCAGCGUGACAUUCUGCCUGUUUCGACGGCCCGGCUUUCAACUUUUGUCCGGUGCGGCGGCAGUUGCUCUAGACAGCGCUGUUCUGUUCAUCCAACCUGACAUGGCCACCACAGCAGCCACGUUAGCCUUGAGGUCCCGGUGUCUGUGGAAGCUGUCGCCGUUGCACAUUCCGCUUCGAAUCGCCCCCUCUCGGUCCCUUCACAGUUCGUCAGCAGCCAUGGACGGCAGUAUUCGCACAUCGCAACCCCCACAAGGCGUGCACAACGCUUGGAUUGGGGCCAAAGGCCCUGGGUCUUUGGACUUGAGGAGCGAUGUCAUGACCACUCCUACCCCGUCAAUGCUGGCCGCCGUUCAGUCCUGCACACUCUUGGACGAUGUCUUCAGAGAGGACCCGACGACCAUCGACCUUGAGGCCCAUGUCGCCGCUCUUGCUGGCAAAGAAGCAGGCCUGUUCGUACUGUCAGGAACCAUGGGCAAUCAACUUGCGCUGAGGAGCCUCCUCGUUCAACCACCUUACGGCGUCUUGUGCGACCACCGGUCACACAUCGUCAAGUAUGAGGCUGGCGGGUCAGUUGCCCACCGCCUCUCCUGGAAACUGCCGAUGCACGACCCAAACUGACGCGAAUCUCAGGGUCUCGUCCUUGACGGGUGCUACAGUCAAGCCCAUUGUGCCCGACAACGGCAUCCAUCUGACCCUCGAGGACGUCAUGGCCAAUGUAGUGCUCAGUGAUGAUGUCCAUGCCUGCCCCACCAGGGUCAUCAGCCUUGAGAACACUCUCAACGGUAUGAUUAUGCCUCUGGUCGAAGUCGAGCGCAUUGCCAAGUUUGCCCGGCAGCAUGGCAUCAAGUUGCACUGCGACGGUGCCAGGCUGUGGGAAGCCGUUGUGGCCGGCGCCGGCACGCUGCCCGACUUUUGCUCCCACUUUGACACGGUUAGCCUUUGUUUCUCCAAGGGCCUCGGCGCCCCGGUCGGCAGCAUGCUUGUUGGUACCGAGGAGACUUUGAAGCAUGCUCGAUGGGUACGCAAGUCCAUCGGCGGUGGCCUUCGGCAGCCUGGUGUCGUCACAGCGGCCGCGAGGGUAGCCGUCGACGAGACAUUUGGCCGAGCUCCCGAUGGCAGUGACGGCUUACUCAGGGAAUCUCACGCAAUGGCUAAGAAGGUCGAGCACCUCUGGCAAGAGAUGGGUGGAACCCUCGUCCAUCCGGCGCACACGAACAUGUGUUGGCUCGAUCUGGAGGCCGCAGGCUGCAGUGAGGACCGUUUCGUGCUGCUCAGCGAGGAGGCCGGCCUCAAAGUCAUGGGGGGCCGCCUCGUGACUCACUAUCAGGUUGCGCAAAAUUGUGAUGAGGUACUGAAGCGGCUGAGACAGGUCUUUCAGAAGGCGUUUGCUGAGCAAGAGAAGAGAGUGUCCAAGGUUGGGGAGAGGAGCAUGUACAAGUCGUAACGGCUGGCCAUCCGAUUUAGUUGAAGCGAAAAGUCAACACCUAGGUGCGCAUCAUCGGUCCAUGCGUGUCGG